AUGGCUCCUUCUGCUCGUGUCUUUAUCUCCGUGGCCGGUCUGGUCAAGAUCGCUUCGGCUGGAUUGUACCCUGGCAUUUCGCCUGCUAACCACACGUGCGUUCUGUCUGAUCCCAUCCUGUCCUGCAGUGAUGGUGCCGACCCGGGACAAGUCGAUACUUGCUGCGUCGAGACGUACGGUGGUCUUUUGCUCCAAACCCAGUUCUGGAACACAUACACUGGUCUCGAGUCCAAGGGUCAGCUUCUCCCCCGCGACGACUGGACCAUCCACGGUCUGUGGCCCGACUUCUGCAACGGCUCGUACACGCAGUACUGCGAUCUGUCGCGGCAGUACGACCCGGAGCCCUCGCCCAACACGACGACGGGAACGACCGACGGCAUCCCCGUCCCUCCUUACAGGGGGGAGCCCAUCGAUCGGUGGUUCGGACCCUACGGUAAGGCUGACCUGCUCGCCUGGAUGAACGACCACUGGAUCGCCCUGGACCAGCCCAACUGGAUCCUGUGGGCUCACGAGUAUUCCAAGCAUGCCACUUGCUUCUCUUCUUUCCAAAAGGAGUGUUACCUCGAUGAUAUGUUUGAUUUCUUCGAGACGACCAUUGCAUUCUACAAGACGGUCCCCAGCUUCACAUGGCUGUCGGCUGCAGACAUCAAGCCCUCUAACCGGACAGCCUACUCCCUCUCCAGCAUACAGGAUGCCCUGACCUCUGGCUUCGGCCAGCUCCCCUUCGUCGGCUGCUCGGGUCCCAAGUAUAACGAGACCGAGGCCGGGAGGGGGUCCGAUGACGACGGCGCCACCGUCCUCGACGAGAUCUGGUACUACCAUCAUGUCUAUGGGAGUCCCCAGCGCGUGCGUUCGGUCCCCGUCCCCGUCACGGAUAGCUACCGUACUACAUGCGCCGAGGCGAAGGAUGCCAUCUGGUAUUAUGAGCGUACCGAGGGUAGUGAGAGGUCCUAG